AUGCGCUCCUUUGCUGUACUUCCUCUCCUCACUCUCGCUCUUGGUCUCCUCGCCCGGGCUGCACCUGCAGACAAUGAUUGCAAGCCUGGCUCGGCGUGCAGUUCCCCGUCCGACUCCGGGAUCCUUGCGGCUGGCCUGUCGCUCUCGGAUCGAGUGACUCCCCCCAAGCUCACCAAUGCUCAGCGUUUCGCGUGUGGAUUGCCGCCUCUCCCCCCCAAGAGGCUCUGGGUUUCCCCCACUCGUAGGGACCCGGUUCCUAGUUCAGUCAAUUACCGCGCUGCCAUCCAAGUCAUUCGGCAGGAUGACGGUGCUCUUCUUGGGUACAUCUCGCGGACCUCACAGGGCCGGGAGCGGCAUAAAUAUGUCGAAGAUGUUACCGACGCCCUUAUUGUCGGUUUUACAUUGACCGCUGGCGCUACGAGUGCUACUGGGAUAGACCUUAUCACCGAGAACUCGGAUAUCCCCAACUAUGUCUAUCUCGGUCUUGUUCAAGGUAGCGAUGACACCGACUCGGUUCUUCAAUCUGGCAGCUAUCAAUAUGUCUAUCUUGCGAACACGAACCCAACCCCUGCCAACUCGCCUCCUCAAACUGUUGGCAACUCGUACACCCAGGCCACUGGCGUUUCGCGCACCUCCGAAUCUGCCGUUUGGUCCGUCAAUGUUGUUGCUCUUUCCCUUGUUCCUAUUUGGACAAAUCCCGAUGGAAUUUCGGCGACGACUGAACUGUUCGCCCAGUCAAAGAAUUUGUACGCGGGUGGUGACUCAGCUCAGUACAAUAGCCGCUACCCUGCUCCGCUCACCCUCUGCCGUCUUCAGCUCCUUCUUAUGUAA